AUGGCGUUUACGAUGCACUCCCACUCGGGCCAGUUCUGCAGCCACGCUGUAGACCAGCUCGAGGACAUCAUCAAGCACGCCAUCUCGGUCGGCUUCAAGACGAUAGGUCUCACGGAGCACAUGCCACGCUACGAUGAGCGAGAUUUAUAUCCCGAAGAGCUCAGCGAGGGUCCCCAGGCCGCCCUCGCUGCCAUGCCUCGCCGCCACGAGGCAUAUCUCGCCGAGGCCCAGCGUCUGCAGGCCGCCUACGCCUCGCAGAUUCACAUCCUCAUCGGCUUCGAGUCGGAGUUUAUCCGCCCCGAGUUUGGCCCGCUCGUCGCGCAGCUGGCCUCUGCCUCGCCCUGCAUCGACUACUUUAUCGGCUCGGUGCACCACGUCCACAGCAUCCCCAUCGACUACGACGCCGCCAUGAUGGCGGCCGCCGUGGCCGCCUCGUCGCGCACGGGCGACCCGGCGGACGGCACCGAGGAGACGCUGUACGAGGACUACUACGACCUGCAGCACGAGAUGCUCACGACGCUGCGGCCGCGCGUCGUCGGCCACUUUGACCUCAUUCGGCUGCUGAGCGUCGAUCCGGCGAGGGAUGUCCGCCAGUGGACGGGCGUAUGGGCGCGAGUGGUGAGGAAUCUCAAGGUCGCCGCCGAGCAGGGCGCUUGGCUCGAGUGCAAUAGCGCUGCGCUGCGCAAGGGCCUUGCGGAGCCGUAUCCGUGUCGCAGCAUCGCAAAGGAAUGGCUAAAGCUCGGCGGCAAAUUCACCCUGUCGGACGACAGCCACGGCGUCAACCACGUCGCCACCAACUACCUGGGCGCCGUCACCUAUCUACAGAGCCUUGGCGUCGAGGACGUCUGGACGAUCCGGCGACAGCAGCACCCCUGGACACAGGGCGAGGGCCGGGCGACACUUGAAGAUGCCGCGGUGCCGCUGGCCACGAUCCGCGCGCAGUUCGAGUCUGCAGCGGCGAAACAAUAG